AUGGAGGAAAACAUCAGCAAGGAGCGUGAGCAGAGAAAGAAAGAACAGGAAGUGAGAGAAGAAGAAGACAGGAAGAGAAAAGAGCAGGAAGAACUUCAACGGCAGGAUUGGGAACAGGAACGGGAAGCUUUGGAGGAACAAAUAAAAACACAAUCAAUAGAAAAACAAACCAUUGAGAGAAAGCUGGAGCAGAACAGAAAACGUAUGAGAAAAAAACAAGAUGUUUGGGAGAAAGAACGGAUAGAAUGGUGGAAAGAACAAAAACGACAGGAUAAACAAAGACAACAGGAGGAGCAAACAAGACUUAGAAAACUCCAGGAAGAGUAUGAGCAGCAAAAAGAACAAUAUGAAAACCAAAGAAAACAAGAUCAACUCAAAAGAGAACAGGAGGAACAAGAGCGAAAACAAAUAAAAGCACAGUCUGAGAAAAAUCUGGAGAUAAUGAAGACAAAGUAUGAAGAAGAGGCAAGAAAACAAACUGAAGAAAUCAAUGGUUUCAAAGAAAAACUUAAGGAAAUGGAGGAAAACAUAAACAAGGAGCGUGAAAACAGGACAAAAGAACAGGAAAUGAGAGAAGAACAAGACACGAAGAAGAAAGAGCAGGAAGAACUUCAACGGCAGGAUUGGGAACAGGAACGGGAAGCUUUGGAGGAACAAAUAAAAUCACAAUCAGUAGAAAAGCAAAUCAUUGAGGGAAAGCUGGAGCAGAAUCAAGAAGAGAUAAGAAAAGAACGAGAAGCCUGGGAAAAGGAAAGAAAAGAGUGGUUGGAGAAACGACAUCAAGAAGAUGAAGAGAGACAACAAGAGGAGCAGAGAAGAUUUAGAAAACUCCAAGAUGAUUAUGAGCAGGAACGUGCAAAGUAUCAAGAGAAGAGAAAGGAACAAGAUCGACUCAAAUGAG